UCCUUUGGGGGGUCUCUAGAUUUCCCCCUCUCUGCUGACAAGAUGCCCAAGGUGAAGAGGAGUAGAAAACCUCCUCCAGAUGGCUGGGAAUUGAUUGAACCAACCUUAGAUGAGCUAGAUCAAAAAAUGAGAGAAGCUGAGACUGAACCGCAUGAAGGGAAGAGGAAAGUAGAAUCUCUCUGGCCUAUCUUCAGAAUUCAUCACCAGAAAACACGUUACAUUUUUGAUCUCUUCUAUAAGAGAAAAGCCAUCAGUAGAGAGUUGUAUGAGUAUUGCAUUAAAGAAGGAUAUGCAGACAAAAACUUAAUUGCAAAGUGGAAGAAACAAGGUUAUGAAAACCUCUGCUGUUUGCGCUGCAUCCAGACUCGAGAUACCAACUUUGGAACCAACUGCAUCUGCAGAGUGCCCAAAAGCAAGCUGGAAGUGGGAAGAAUAAUUGAGUGCACUCACUGCGGGUGCAGAGGCUGCUCUGGAUGAAAUACUCCCCCCCCCCCACCUUUUUAAAGUUACCCUUCCCCCUUGAGUUCUUAAAUGGCUGGUUCAUCAUCAAUGACUGUUUAUAAGAACCAUAAUUUGUUUGUCGUAAGACCCGGCAGUGAGUGGAUCUCCAACAACCUGAAUUGUAAAUGCAGUAAAGUGUGUUAAUGUCUUGUAUAACUACUUUAUUUUAAAAUAAAGUCUUGCCUAUGGCCUCAACA